AUGAAACAGAAGGCUCAUCACAGACCCAGACUCUUUCUUCAGCUCAAAUGUCCUCGUAAGGACGCCCAUCUUCAAGCAACACGAACAGAACGGGCAAACAGACGAACGGAACAGACGAACGGAACAGACGAACGGAACGGACGAACGGAACGGACGAACGGAACGGACGAACGGAACGGACGAACGGAACGGACGAACGGAACGGACGAACGGAACGGACGAACGGAACGGACGAACGGAACGGACGAACGGAACGGACGAACGGAACGGACGAACGGAACGGAAGAACGGAACGGAAGAACGGAACGGAAGAACGGAACGGAAGAACGGAACGGAAGAACGGAACGGACGAACGGAACGGAACGGAAGAACGGAACGGAAAAACGGAACGGAACGGAAAAACGGAACGGAACGGAAGAACGGAACGGAAAAACGGAACGGAACGGAAAAACGGAACGGAACGGAAGAACGGAACGGAAAAACGGAACGGAACGGAAGAACGGAACGGAAAAACGGAACGGAACGGAAGAACGGAACGGAAAAACGGAACGGAACGGAAGAACGGAACGGAAAAACGGAACGGAAAAACGGAACGGAACGGACGAACGGAACGGAUGA